AUGUACUACGUGGACAAGGUUCUGCGCAAGAACUGGGAUUCACUCUCACUUGCGUACAUGGCGGACUGGCUGGACUUGACCCCGAAGCUAGACUCCGGCACGAUGAUGAUCAAGCCCACGUACGACUUCGACUUCACGCAGAUGGUUGUCAUACAGCUUCAGGGACUCGGACUUGCAUGCGCUAGUGCCCAGAAAUGCGGAGACAAAGAUGCUCGAGUUCAUUUCUUUUCUCGCAGGUACGUCCAGAGGCACAAUCUUGGACUGUAA